UGGGCUGGAGACAGUCCUCUCCCCGGUGGCUCGUGGUCAGGGCAGUGCCGCUGGCCUUCGUGGCGUGCAAGGCCCGCUCGCUCUAGUGCUUGAACGCUGCUGCCAAGCCUCUGCCCCGGGGCGCAUCCGGAGGAAGGUCAGGCCCCGCCGCCCCGCCCCUUCCCUGCUGGCCCCGGGGCAGUCGCUGCUCCGUGGGAGGCUCCCUUUCGAGCCCAGUUGCGGCACGUGCAGGGCCCAUGGCGGCCACGCAGGUCCCGGGGGAGAAGAUUAGCAUCCACGCGGGAGAGACGGCCAGAGCGGGGGACAGGCAGCCCCUUGGGAACGACUGUCCCGGGCAGGACAGGCCGCCCCAGCGCUCGUGGAAGCAGAAGUGCGCCUCUUACGUGUUGGCCCUGCGGCCCUGGAGUUUCAGUGCCUCCCUCACCCCGGUGGCCCUGGGCAGUGCCCUGGCCUACAGAUCCCAGGGCGACCUGGAUCCCAGGCUCCUGGUGGGCUGUGCCGUGGCCGUCCUGGCUGUGCACGGGGCUGGCAAUUUGGUCAACACUUAUUAUGACUUUUCCAAGGGCAUUGACCAUAAAAAGAGUGACGAUAGGACUCUGGUGGACCGGAUCUUGGAGCCCCAGGAUGUUGUCCGCUUCGGAGUCUUCCUCUACACCUUGGGCUGUGUCUGUGCAGCUUGCCUCUACUGCUUGUCCCCUCUGAGACUGGAGCACUUAGCUCUCAUCUACUUUGGAGGCCUGUCCAGCUCCUUCCUCUACACAGGAGGAAUUGGCUUCAAGUACGUGGCGCUGGGAGACCUCGUCAUCCUCAUCACUUUCGGCCCUCUGGCUGUGAUGUUCGCCUACGCCGUCCAGGUGGGGUCCCUGGCGGUCUUCCCCCUGGUCUACGCCAUCCCCCUCGCCCUCAGCACCGAGGCCGUUCUCCAUUGCAACAACACCAGGGACAUGGAGUCCGACCAGGAGGCGGGCAUCGUCACGCUGGCCAUCCUCAUCGGGCCCGCCCUGUCCUACGUGCUCUACACCACGCUGCUCUUCCUGCCCUACCUCGUGUUCAGCAUCUUGGCCACACGCUGCAGUAUCAGCCUGGCCCUCCCUAUGCUCACCAUUCCCAUAGCCUUCUCCCUGGAGAGGCAGUUCCGGAGCCAGACCUUCAACAAACUGCCCCAGAGGACCGCCAAACUCAACCUCCUGCUGGGCCUUUUCUACGUCUGUGGCAUCAUCCUGGCACCUCCGGGCAGUCUGCCCAAGCUGUAGGAGGAUGUGGCUCCCCGGACAACAUGGCCUCUGGGGGAAUUUUUUGAAGACAGAACGCCCUACAGGGAAUGUGAUUUGGCAGUGAGGUUCUGAAGGCUGUGCUGUGUCGCACGACACCCUUUUUUCGCUUAUUCUGAACAUGCUGCGUUUUCCCAUUGGGGGAAUCUUGGAGCCGCUCUGUCCUGGAUGAAGGUGAAUUCAGUGCGCAGUCUGUUUUAUUUAUUGUUUCCACUAGAGGGUGUUGUCGGGUCACUUUCCCCUCGGUUCCAUGGGCAUGGUCUAAGUGUUUGUGAAGGGGCUGCUGGGUGGGCGUCCUACCCUGGAAGAGCCACAGCCACCCGGCAGGUAUCUUUUUGUUCACUUGGUCUUGCAGACGAUGCCGUGGAGUGCCGCCCGGGCCCAUUAGCAUGGGUAGCCCCUGCCUCUCACUCAGCCCAUGGGCCUGGCGCAGGCUGCUUGAGAGAGAGGCCCUCAUUAACAGCCUAGUGCAGCGUGGCUCCCAGCUCUACCCUGGCGUGCCUGUCAGGAGCUUUUGUCCUUCAUCUCUGCUCACUCGUCGCCACGGCUGAGGAGACAGCCCCGUCACUCUGCAGCAGGCCCCACGAGCCAGGCGGCACUGGGCGGGGGAAAUAGCCACUCCUGGGGGUGCUGAGGAAUCGCUCUGCUUUUACCUGGGAAUUGGUAGGGCAGCUGUCUUCCCUUUGUGGAGGCUGCUGGAAUGCCCUCUGGUGAACUCUUAGGGAUCCUGAGAUUUCAAGGUGUCACCACCACCCUUGUUGGUGGCUUAAAGCCUACGGGGCCUUUUUCCCAACCUCGCCACCGAAUGCUCCCCAUCCCACCUCACUCUCAGCCCCUGGGGCAGGGAGGGCUGGUGUGGAGAGCCAGACUCUCCGAGCCACAGCUCUGUGGCUGAGACAGGAUAGGCAGACCAGGGACACUGACGCCUGCCCCGAUGAACUCACACUAUUGGCUCCCCUUCCCCAGAGGCUGCCGCCACCUGCCAGGUGCAAAGAGAGCUGAGGUGUCAGUGAGGGCACCGGAGAGGGGCCUUCCAGCGCUGACCCAAGGGCUUUUCAUAUCCUCGCCCAUGCAGUGUCAGCUCUGCACCGGGACUGCUAAGUCGUGUCUGGUCCAGGACUGAAACAGGUUGAGGUCUUGGUCAUUGCGCGUUUCUGCUGAGGUCACCGCUGUUCUGCCAUUUCAAGGUCUUGACCUGCAGAACGUGACAGACUAAUUAGUUUUGAAUCCUUCAGCUCAAGCCACUAGUGGUUUGGCUACUUGAGUUGGAAUUGGCCGUCUUACUUAGAGAAAACCGUAUUUGAGCAUUGCGAGUUCCUCUGAAACGAAAGGUCUGUCCGCCGGAGACCCAAGUCCUUGGGCAAUACUGUAGUCAGAGCCCAGGAACCACGGGAAGAGAGAGUGACCUCCUUCUCCGCUGCCCUCCCAGCACCGCUGUGGCUCUGUCAUGCUGGGGCCUCUGAGAGCUACAGGGUGAGGUCAUUCUCACAUCCGGUCAACCUUGAGGCAGCAGGGCCCACAGCGUCCCGAGUCCUCGGCCAGGCCCACCGUUGUAGCCACUCUGCUCAGGACCAGUAGUUAGCCUUGCACGGUGUCUGGUGCCCGUUUUAAUGCAUAUUUUUAUAUGUACAUGUGCCCCACAGGCCACAUGCGGUGCCAGGUUUUAUACACAGGUCCCCAUAACUUGUACAUCCUCUCAAUGAAGGCUUUCUUGAGACUUGUUAAUAAAAGCAGAAAAAAUACUCCA